AGGGUGGCGCUGACCUCCCAGGCAGGACAUUACCCUUCUUCCUCUUCCUGACCACGUUCCCACUGCAGUCACGGUCAUCGCUCAGCUUCCUGUUGGGGGAAACCUUGGACACUGUGCACCCACCUGCUAUAACUGGCAAACUAAGGAUGACAGAGUGUUCAAUGAUGCCGUUCAACUUGAACCCUGAGUUGACGCACGGACUGCUCUGCGCUAGUAUCCAGGGCAUAGGACGUCUGAAGGAAAGAUGGAGCCAUUCUUGGUGGGGUGGAAGAGGCAGGAAACUGUUGCUUGGACAAAUCGUAUUCUGGGCCAAAGCAUCACAGAAGAGCUCGUAAACAAAUCCUCACUUCAAUACUUCCAUAAGGAUGGGCACCAGUUGCGUCUUGAAGUGCCAUCAGCUGUAACCAAAGUUCCAGAUCCCAAGACCACAGCCAGGCAUUCCUGCCCUCAAGAACUGAAGACGAUGGAGCUCUCUGAUAGUGACCGACCCGUCAGCUUCGGUUCCACAUCAUCCUCGGCCUCUUCCCGCGACAGCCAUGGUUCCUUCGGCAGCAGAAUGACCUUAGUUUCAAAUAGCCACUUGGGCUUGUUUAACCAGGAUAAGGAGGUAGGGGCCAUAAAACUGGAGCUGAUUCCGGCCAGGCCGUUUUCCAGCAGUGAGCUGCAGAGGGACCACCCCGCCGCCGGGCAACAGAACGCAGACGAAGGCAGCGAAAGGCUGCCCAGGGCACAGUGGAAAGUGGACUCUAACAGGACACCCAAGACUACCACAGACUCGGCCACCAGCCCCAAGCUCCUCUAUGUGGAUAGAGUUGUUCAGGAAAUUCUGGAGACCGAAAGGACUUAUGUGCAAGAUUUAAAAAGCAUCGUAGAGGAUUACCUUGACUGCAUCAGGGACCAAACAAAACUUCCCCUGGGGACCGAAGAAAGAUCAGCCCUUUUUGGAAACAUACAGGAUAUCUACCACUUCAAUAGUGAACUUCUGCAAGAUUUGGAAAACUGUGAAAAUGAUCCUGUGGCCAUAGCAGAGUGUUUUGUGUCCAAGAGUGAAGAGUUCCACAUUUAUACCCAGUAUUGCACUAACUAUCCAAGAUCCGUGGCUGUGCUAACAGAGUGCAUGAGGAACAAGAUACUGGCCAAAUUCUUCAGGGAACGUCAGGAAACUCUGAAGCACUCGCUGCCUCUGGGGUCCUAUCUCUUGAAACCAGUGCAGCGGAUUCUCAAGUAUCAUCUCCUUCUGCAUGAAAUAGAAAAUCACCUUGAUAAGGACACAGAAGGCUAUGAUGUGGUGCUUGAUGCUAUAGACACGAUGCAGCGAGUCGCCUGGCACAUCAAUGACAUGAAGCGGAAACACGAGCACGCGGUCCGAUUACAGGAGAUACAGAGUUUGCUCACUAACUGGAAGGGGCCAGACCUGACCAGCUAUGGGGAACUGGUGCUUGAGGGAACCUUCCGCAUCCAGCGAGCCAAGAAUGAGCGGACACUCUUCCUCUUCGACAAGCUGCUGCUCAUCACGAAGAAGAGAGACGACACGUUUACAUACAAAGCUCACAUCCUGUGUGGCAACCUCAUGCUCGUGGAGGUGAUUCCGAAGGAGCCGCUCAGCUUCAGCGUCUUCCACUACAAGAAUCCCAAGCUGCAGCACACAGUCCAGGCCAAAUCCCAGCAAGACAAACGCCUCUGGGUUCUGCACCUAAAGAGACUGAUUCUGGAGAAUCAUGCAGCCAAGAUUCCAGCUAAGGCCAAGCAAGCAAUCCUUGAAAUGGAUGCCAUUCAUCAUCCAGGCUUCUGUUACAGUCCUGAGGGAGAGACGAAAGCACUGUAUGGCUCUAAAGAAGGUUCUGCUCCAUAUCGGCUGAGAAGAAAAUCUGAACCUUCCUCACGAUCACAUAAAGUUUUGAAGACUAGUGAAACAGCACAAGACAUCCAAAAGGUUUCUAGAGAGGAAGGAUCUCCCCAGCUGACUUCAGCAAGGCCAUCUCCUGCCCAGAGAAACAGUCAGCCUAGCAGUUCUGCCAUGAUCAGCGUGCUUCGAACGGGUGGAGCCCUCAGAAACAUCUGGACUGAUCACCAGAUCAGGCAAGCCUUGUUUCCCAGCCGGCGGUCCCCGCAGGAGAACGAGGAUGACGAAGAUGAUUAUCAGAUGUUCGUGCCGUCCUUUUCCUCCUCAGAUCUGAACUCUACCCGACUAUGUGAAGACAGCACUUCUAGUCGCCCUUGCAGCUGGCACAUGGGACAGAUGGAGUCCACAGAGACCUCCAGCUCUGGUCACAGGAUUGUCAGGCGGGCCAGCAGUGCUGGGGAGAGCAACACGUGCCCUCCUGAAAUAGGAACUAGUGACAGAACUAGGGAACUGCAGAACGGCCCCAAAACAGGAGGGCAGGAGGAAAUGGCUCCCUUUGGGUCAUCCAUCGAGUUGACUAUUGAUGACAUCGACCAUGUCUAUGAUAACAUCAGUUAUGAGGACUUAAAACUAAUGGUUGCUAAGCGGGAAGAAGCUGAAUCCACUCCCUCUAAAUCAGCCAGGGACUCCGUUCGCCCCAAGAGCACCCCAGAGUUAGCCUUCACAAAGAGGCAAGCUGGCCACAGUCAGGGCUCUCUUUACGCACAAAAAGAUGGCGCUCUCUCAGGUGGGGAGGCAUCCAGCCAAAGCACGCAUGAACUCCAAGCGGUUGAGGAGAACAUCUAUGACACCAUAGGGCUCCCAGAUCCUCCGUCACUGGGUUUUAAGUGCAGCAGCCUAAAGCGUGCAAAGCGGAGCACCUUUUUGGGACUGGAGACUGACUUUGUGUGCUGUGACAGCCUGAGGCCGUUUGUUUCCCAAGACAGCCUCCAGUUCAGUGAGGACGAAGCCCCUUACCAUCAGGCCAUCCCCGAUCAUGAUUAUCUGAGUUUGCUGUACGACUCUCCCAGCUGUAACUUGUCUAUGCCUGAUAAGCCUGUAUCUGAUAAACUGUCCGAAGAAGUAGAUGAAAUCUGGAAUGACCUGGAAAAUUACAUCAAGAAAAACGAAGACAAGGCCAGAGACCGUCUCCUGGCAGCAUUUCCUGUGAGCAAGGAUGAUGUGCCAGACAGGCUGUACGCAGAGAGCACCCCUGAGCUGAGCCGGGAGGCAGGGCGCUCUGUGUCCACACUAUCCCUGCCCGAGAGCCAGGCUCUCCUCACGCCUGUGAAGAACAGGGUCGGCAGAGCCAGCCAUGCCAACUGCCCCUUUGAGGAAGACCUGAUUUCUAAAGAAGGCUCUUUUAUGAGCCUUAACCGGCUUUCUCUGGCCAGUGAAUUGCCCCUCAUGGACAAUCCCUAUGACCUGGCCAACAGUGGCCUGUCUCAAACAGACCCAGAAAACCCUGACCUGGGGAUGGAGGCCACAGAUAAGACAAAAAGCAGGGUGUUUAUGAUGGCUCGGCAGUACAGUCAGAAGAUUAAGAAGGCAAAUCAACUUUUAAAAGUGAGAAGUCCGGAGUUGGAGCAGCCGCCGGCCAGUCAGCAUCAGAAAUCCGUGCACAAAGACCUGGCUGCCAUCUUGGAAGAGAAGAAGCAAGGAGGGCCCGCCAUUGGUGCCAGGAUUGCUGAGUAUUCCCAGUUGUAUGACCAGAUUGUAUUCAGAGAGUCUCCCUUGAAAAUUCAGAAGGAUGCCUGGGCCAGCCCUCAAGAAUCCUCCCUCCUGAGGUCUGCGUCACCUUCCCAGGUCCACCAUGGUAGUGAAGAUUGGCUUCUGCAUUCAACCUAUAGUAAUGGAGAGUUAGCAGAUUUCUGCCUCCCACCAGAGCAAGACUUGAGGUCAAGAUAUCCCACGUUUGAGAUCAGUACAAAAAGUACUCCCAGGCAAUUGUCCGCAGCUUGCUCUGUGCCUUCUCUUCAAACCUCCGACCCUCUGCCGGGCUCUGUGCAGAGAUGCAGCGUGGUAGUAAGUCAGCCCAACAAAGAGAACUGGUGUCAGGACCAUCUUUACAACUCCUUAGGUCGGAAAGGGAUCAGCACGAAAUCUCAGCCUUAUCACAGGUCCCAGUCAUCUUCCUCUGUCUUGAUAAACAAAUCCAUGGACUCCAUCAACUAUCCUAGUGACAUGGGAAAGCAGCAGCUGCUGUCUUUACACAGAAGUUCAAAGUGUGAGAGUCACCAGGACUUACUGCCAGAUAUUGCUGACUCGUGUCAACAGGACACUGAAAAACUCUCAGAUCUCACACUCCAAGACUCACAGAAAGUUGUGGUGGUCAAUAGAAAUUUACCCUUAAAUGCCCAAAUUGCAACACAGAACUAUUUUUCCAAUUUCAAAGAGACUGAUGGAGAUGAAGAUGACUAUGUGGAAAUCAAGUCAGAAGAAGAUGAGUCAGAGUUGGAGCCAUCUCACAAUCGUAGAAGGAAAUCUGACUCAAAGUUUGUGGAUGCUGACUUUUCUGAUAAUGUCUGCAGCGGCAACACAUUGCAUUCCUUGAAUAGUCCGCGCACUCCAAAAAAGCCAGUUAACAGCAAACCUGAGCUUUCACCAUAUCUGACACCAUAUAAUGAUUCUGACAAACUGAACGACUAUCUUUGGAGGGGGCCAUCUCCCAAUCAACAAAAUAUUGUCCAGUCUCUAAGGGAAAAAUUUCAGUGUCUUAGUUCAAGCAGCUUUGCUUAACGUUCUUCAUAAUAACUGCCUGAAUCGACUUCUUAUUUUGCUCAUAAAACAUUACAGAUACUGAUGAGGUGUUUUAUGUGUACCAGAUUAAAACAAUUUUGUAAGAACCAGAGGUGUAAAAUAUACUUUCUUUUACAGCACAACUUUUUGAAAUGGCUGAUGAUGCAGCCAGGAUUGUACUGUAGCACAUGUUGGCAUCAACAGUAUAUUUUCUCAUGCUGAGUGUCUUCAUGUUUCAUGUAAGUCAAUCUUACUUGAAAUUUUUUAGACUUUUAACACGAUGGCCAUAACCUGACAAUAGUGCCCACACCUUAAGAAUGCAAUAAUCCUUUCCUAUUAUCCAGAAGACCCAGGUAGUUUUAUCCUGUGACUUAAAAGGCAGCAAGGAGACUUUGUCACGUUUUAAAAGGCAACGAAAGCUGUUGAAAGAAUUAUGCUUAUAUCUCACAUUUUGGUUAUAUUUGUGGCAAGACCUUAGGAUAACGUAAGCCAGAGAUCUGUAAUUGGUGUGUAGUCUGAGGUGCCCAUUUUAGGGUUUUUGUGCUGGUAUUCAUUUGUUUCAUUUUGAUGCAGAAAUUGUGUGACCGUUGAAAAUCAAAAUGUAGCAGGACCCAUUUUCUGUAUGCAAAACCCCUUACCACUAUUCCUGGACAAGGCCUAGAGAAUGAGCUGCUCAUCAUGUUUAUAUAUAAUUUCUGGGGUGAAAUGAAUGAUUUCCUUAAUGACUUAGAGAAAACCAAGGUCAAUAAAAUGCAGACCGACUUAACUAUUA